UCGGAGAUGUUUGACCCUUUAUCUGCGGAGCGGACAGCGCGCGAUACCGCCGCACUCUGCUGCCGACACACGCGCGAGCUUGCGACAUGUGGCGGCUGUGUGCGGUGUUACUGGUGGCUGCGCACGCGCAGGCCUGCGAGCUGAAGCCGCGCGAGCCCGCGAGGCCCAAGUCCCCGGGAGACAACUUCUACAGACUCAUCGUCAACGGAGAAGUGGAGCGGUAUGCACCCGGAGAGAGAUACGUGGUGACGUUGGUGGGGUCCCGCACCCACGACGUGGUGCAGCAGUUCACGAGGUUCCAGCUGAAGCUGGACCCCCUGGACCCCGCGGCACUGCGCGCCCCCAGCAAGCAGGGACAGUUCCAACUGUUCGCCGACACACUUACCAAGUUCGACGAGGAGUGCACCAACUCCGUCAUUGAGUCUGAUGACCUGCCUAAGACUGAAGUGCAGGUCAUGUGGAAGGCGCCCCCUACUGGUUCCGGCUGUGUGUUGCUCAAGGCGAUGGUGUACGAGAACGCGAGUCGUUGGUUCGCGGAGGACGGCCAGCUGACCAGGCGCGUCUGUGAGGACACCUCGCUGCAGUCCAGCGACUGCUGCGCCUGCGACGAUGCCAAGUACAGGAUGGUAUUCGAAGGGCUAUGGUCCCCACAGACGCACCCCAAGGACUUCCCGGUGCAAGCAAUGUGGCUGACGCACUUCUCUGACGUCAUCGGCGCCACGCACCCCAAGAACUUUAAGUUCUGGGGAGAAGGGGAGAUCGCUACUGAUGGAUUCAGGUCAUUGGCGGAGUGGGGUUCAGUAGGUUUGCUGGAGGCGGAGCUCCGUCAACAAGGCUCGAAGCUACGCUCCAUAGUGAAGGCGCAGGGUCUGUGGCACCCACGUGUCAACUCCAACACUAGCGCGGCAUUCACCACGGAUAGGAAGAGGCCGUUCCUCUCGCUUGCUUCCAUGUUCGGCCCAUCUCCCGACUGGGUGGUUGGCGUGAGCGGUCUGAACCUGUGCCAGAAGGACUGCACCUGGGCGGAGUCCAAGGUCGUGGACCUGUUCCCUUACGACGCUGGUACCGACAAUGGCAUCUCGUACAUGUUCUUCAUCACCAGAGGAGACAACGGGGUCCCUGAAGACUCCGACAACAACGCGACCCCCAUCGAGGCCAACGAAGGUAUCUGUGAGACCUCCGAGUGGGGCCCGUGGAGCGAGUGCUCCGUCACCUGCGGGGUCGGGGUCAGUACAAGGCGGAGACACUUCCUCAACCACAUGGGCAUCAAGAAGUGCCCUCUAGUGGCCACCGAGGAGAACCGCAAGUGCAUGGAGCCGCAGUGCACGGAGGAGGAGCGCGAGGUGUCGGACCCGUCGUGCCCCACGACGGCGUGGGCGGCGUGGUCGCCGUGCUCGGCGUCGUGCGGCCGCGGCGUGCGCUUCCGCAUGCGUCUGUUGCUGGUGCCGGCCGCCCGCCAGCAGGACUGCUCCGCCCGGGUCGAGCUCAUGCAGCAACGACCCUGCCAGGAGAGGGAGAGCUGCGCCAUCGAUAUGAUGACAGCUAAACGUAUCUGUAUGGAGGCGGCGGACCCCGGGCCGUGCCGCGGUCUGUACCAGCGCUGGACGUUCAUGGCACAGAAGGGCAUGUGUGUGCCCUUCGCGUACGGAGGAUGUCGCGGGAACCAGAACAACUUCAUCACGCAGGAGGACUGCACCAACACAUGCAGCGUCAUACUAGGAGGAGGCGGCCCACCAGCAGGGCUCCCACUAGGCCCACUGCCGGGCCCCACGCUCAACAACGCCGUGCCAACGUCCAAUAACGUUAAUGGACCAUCUCUAGCUCAAGCCGGAGACUGCCAGGUGAGCCCGUGGGGUGAGUGGAGCAAGUGCUCGGUCUCCUGCGGCACCGGCUACCAGGAGCGCACCAGGACUGUGCUGGUGCAGCCGGGUCCGGGAGGCGCAGCGUGUCCGCGCGCCAUGGCUAGACGCAGGCGCUGCUACAGAAAGUGUUAACUUCUUACUAUGAUAUAAUAAACUAAUUUACUAUUACUAACAGGGCUCGUAUGUACGCAUCACUCAAAAUCACCCAACAUCUAGGAAUAAGAUAGAGAAACCUAUGUUGAAGAUAGUUUCAGAGAAGAUAUCGCAAUAAGAUCACCUUGUCUAGUAGAAAUCUAGAAAUCCGUAGGCUGUCAGUGUACACGAGCCUCAAAUCUAUUUACUUAAAAUAAUGCAUUUCCCGGCAUUUAACUUUGUAUACGUUUUGUAUUGAACACACCAAAGCCUAGUAAAUAAACGAAUGCUUGCAAGAA